AUGACUGGUGGCGAUUGGGAGUCAGGGUUCGAUUCCUUGGAGCAAAUCUUGAGCCUCUUCGUCCGUGCGGGUGAGGUGGAUGAUCGCUUUUUCGAUGCCGUGGGCAUCCAGAAGCUGGGCCACCGCCGCAUCUUUCAGAAAUGGUUCCGCAGCAACUGCAAGUAG